AUGCUCUACAGAAACUCGGUUGCCCGCUCUGUCCUCAGGGCUAUUUCUAGCUCCAAUGCUUCGGUCGCCCGCUCGACUCUCUCCAACAAUGUGUUGAAGGCUCACCUGACGUCCUCCGCUCGUUUUCCCGCUCGCCCAACCUCGUCCAGCUUGGCCCUGGCUACCCGCAAGCCCGUCACCACUGCGCUUGUCCGCUAUGCCUCCAGCGUUCCCAAGGACGACAAGGUUGCCGAGGAGGACACUGACGUGAUGGCGGGUAUCAAGUCCGAGGCGAAAGUCAUCAAGGACACUUUCAGCCUUGACGGAACCCCCAAGGAGGCUCUCUAUCUCGGAAUGGCUGGUGUCAUCCCCUACCUCGCUACUUCCCUCGAGACUGUCUACCUUUCCUACGAGAUCAACCGCGCUACUGCCACCGGCGAUGGCCUCAUCUUCUCCGGCCAGACUGCUGAGCUGAUGCUUCACAUGCUCGAGCCUAUCCAGGUCGGCUACGGUGCUGUGAUCCUGUCUUUCCUUGGAGCUAUUCACUGGGGUCUCGAAUGGGCCGGAUACGGUGGCAAGUUCGGUUACAAGCGCUACGCUGCCGGUGUCAUCGCCCCUGCCGUUGCCUGGCCCACUCUGCUCCUUCCCGUCGAAUAUGCUUUGAUCAGCCAGUUCUUCGCCUUCACCUUCCUGUACUACAACGACGCCCGCGCUGCUGCCUACGGCCGUGCUCCUCACUGGUACGGCAUGUACCGCUUCGUCCUGACCUUCGUUGUCGGGGCCAGCAUUGUCGCCAGCUUGAUCGGCCGUGAGCAGAUCGCCAACACCAUCAGCUCGGAGCACACGAUCACCGACAAGAUCAACGCUCUGCUCUUCCUGCAGAAGAAGGAGAGGGAGGAGGCUAAUGCUCGCCGCCGCGCCGAGCUCGGCGAGGAGUCUGAGUAA